UGGGGGGCAUCAUAACUGCCAUCUAUCUGUUCCUGUCGUGGAAUUUCAACUAUUGGAAAAAGCUUAACGUUGCAGGACCUAAACCGAGUUUGCUGUUUGGAAAUCUUCCCAAUGUUUUAAUGCAGAAACAGCACAUUUUCUACGAAUAUCAGAAAAUUUACAAUGAUUUCAAAUCCAAACCCGCAGUGGGCUACUUCAGCGUUCGUACACCCCAACUGAUGGUUCGCGAUCCAGAGCUCAUCAAGGAAGUACUGAUCAAGGGCUUUCGCUACUUUUCGGCAAACAAUUUCUCCGAUAUUGUGGAUGAAAAAUCAGAUCCCCUAUUUGGGAGGAAUCCUUUCAGUUUGUCCGGAGAAAAAUGGAAAGCACGUAGAGCGGAAGCCACUCCAGCUUUUACACACAGCAGAAUAAAGACACUUGCGCCCCUAAUGGACGAAGUGUGUGGUAGGAUGUCCGAAUACCUAAUAAAACAGAAUAGAAACGCUCUGGACACAAAAGAGCUCACGACCAAAUAUACUACUGAUGUAGUUUCCAGCUGUAUAUUCGCCAUCGAUGCACAGUCUUUCUCCAAGGACAAGCCAGAAAUCCGGGAGAUGGGUCGCCGCAUGAUGGAUUUCAGCUUUUCAGCUCAACUUGUACUGAUGGUGACGACAUUCUUGCCGUCAAUCAGAAAUCUCUACAAAUUCACAUUUGUACCCCGAGAUGUUGAACAGUUUUUCAUCCGUAUCAUGAAGGAUGCCAUUCGCCAUCGUAAAGAAAACAACAUCGUUCGACACGACUACCUGGACUACCUCCUAUCGCUACAAGCAAAGAAACAGAUCUCGGAAAUCGAUAUGGCAGGACACGGAGUGUCGUUCUUCGCAGACGGUUUGGAAACGUCUAGUUUGAUAAUGACAUACUGUCUUUUCGAUUUGGCAUCUAAUCCUGUGGUACAGAACCGGUUGAGAGAAGAAAUUCGGCACGUUCAAGCUACCCGAGGAGACUUGGAUUACGACAACAUUGGAGAAAUGAUCUAUCUGGAUCAAGUCCUGAACGAGUCCCUCCGACUGCACCCGAUUGUUCCGGUUCUGGCAAAGAGAUGCACUGAGAGUACAGUUCUUAUUGGUCCAAAGGACAAACGAAUUCCCGUGGCUGCUGGAACCACAGUUGUUGUGCCAUUACUUGUUCAACUCGAUUCACUGUAUUACUCAGAUCCAGACAAAUAUAAUCCGGAGAGGUUUUCACCGGAAAAUGGAGGGAUCAAACCAUACAGAGAACGAGGAGUAUUUUUCCCGUUCAGCGAAGGCCCGCGGAUGUGUCUGGGAAUGCGAUUUGCCAUAGCUCAAAUGAAGAGAGGUAUUGUAGAGAUAUUGGACAAGUUUGAAUUAUCGUUGAACUCAAAAACGCAGGUUCCUUUGAGGUAUGAGCCUAAAAUGUUCAUGUUGUAUCCUGUAGGAGGCGUUUGGAUAAACUAUAAAAUUCGAAAUUUAUUUAUCAGCCACGACGACGACGACGACUCUGGCCCUGGCAAUGAAAUAAACACAAUUGGCUCUGAUUUAGUUGGGUUGGGAGCUUCGCUGACCGGAGCGUCUUCAGUCGAAUUUCUGCAUCCAGUGCGACGAGUUCUAACUUUCGAAAUGUGGUGGACAGUGUUGGGAGUUUUGGGUGGCAUUUUCAGUGCCAUCUACCUGUUCCUGUCGUGGAAUUUCGACCACUGGAGAAAAGUGGGCAUCAAAGGACCGAAGCCGAAACUGCUGUUUGGAAAUCUUCCGAAUAUUCUGACACAAAAACGACAGAUUUACUACGACCAUCAGAAAAUUUACAAUGACUUCAAAUCCGAGCCCGUAGUGGGUUACUUCAGCGUUCGGACACCCCAGCUGAUGAUCCGUGAUCCAGAGCUCAUCAAAGAGGUGAUGAUCAAGGGCUUCCGUUACUUUGCGGCAAACGAAUUCUCCGAUGUUGUGGAUGAAAAGUCCGACCCCCUGUUCGCUAGGAAUCCAUUCAGUUUGUCGGGAGAAAAAUGGAAAACACGCCGAGCGGAAAUCACACCGGCCUUCACGAACAACCGGAUAAAGGCUCUUUCCACCCUCAUGGAUGAAGUAUGUGAUCGGAUGACAGCAUACGUUAAGAAACAAAGUUCAAGCGCUCUGGACACGAAAGAACUCAUGGCCAAAUACACCACCGAUGUCGUUUCCAACUGCGUAUUCGCCAUCGACGCACAGUCGUUUUCCAAGGACAAACCAGAGAUCCGGGAAAUGGGUCGACGCAUUAUGGACUUCAAUUUCGCAGCUCAACUAAUUCUGAUGGUGACAACAUUCUUGCCAUCGAUCAAAAAUUUCUACAAAUUUUCAUUCGUCCCCAAGGAAGUUGAACACUUCUUUAUUCGCAUAAUGCAGGAUGCCAUUCGCCAUCGUAAGGAUAACAAUAUCGUUCGAAAUGACUACCUUGAUCACCUCUUGUCCCUGCAAGAGAAGAAACAAAUUUCGGAAAUCGAUAUGGCAGGUCACGGAGUGUCGUUCUUCGCCGAUGGUUUUGAAACAUCCAGCUUGGUAAUGACAUACUGUCUUUACGAUUUGGCAUCUCAUCCAGAAAUACAGAGCCGGUUGAGAGACGAAAUUCGCAAUGUCCAAGCCAACAAAGGCGGAGUGAAUUAUGAUACAAUUGGAGAAAUGACCUAUCUGGAUCAAGUUCUUAACGAGUCGCUCAGACUGCAUCCAAUCAUUCCCGUUCUGGCGAAACGUUGCACUGAAGACACGGUCCUGGUUGGACCGAAAGGCAAGAAAAUACCGGUAUCAGCUGGAACUGCAGUCACUAUUCCAUACUUUGUUCAACUCGAUCCACAGUAUUACCAAGAUCCAGAAAAAUUCGACCCUGAUAGAUUUUCGCCCGAAAAUGGCGGAACCAAGCCUUACAGAGAACGAGGAGUUUUCCUCCCAUUCGGCGAAGGACCCCGAAUGUGCCUUGGAAUGCGAUUUGCCAUUGCUCAGGUGAAGCGAGGAAUCGUCGAGAUAUUGGACAAGUUUGAACUAACGGUGAAUUCAAAGACGCAAGUUCCCUUGACUUUUGAACCAAAAAUGUUUAUGUUGUACCCGGUAGGGGGCAUCUGGUUAGACUACAAAUCUAUCAAAUAAAUCUAGUGGUAAGACUUUUUUGCGUAUAAAAUAUACUCGCUUAUGAAAA